AUGAGCCUUUAAAUUCCUUUGACAUAUGAAGUUGCUAUUGAAGAAUUAAAGAAACGUGAAAAUUUGAUAGCAUCUUUGAAAAGUGGAAUCGGGACACCUAGAGGUUAAAUAGAUAUUUCUAGUAGUUUGAAAUAAAGUAGUAUAGGAUAAUAGAAAUAAGCUAGUGAAAAUUACAUUAUACUAUAGAAAACGAAUAGGAGUAAUAUUAGUAAUUUUUUAUUAUUGAAAAUUUUAUUUUAAUUUAAAAAUGAUAAUAAUACAGAUUUUAGAAUAGUUGAAGGCAUAUCUAUUUUUAAAGAACAUAUAUAACCUUUAUGGGAACAUGAAGAAAAUAAAAAUGGAUGUAUGAUUUAAUGCAAAUUUGUGGAUAUAAACUAAGAUUUAAUUGAUAAUAUAUUUUUUAAAAUAUUAACAACAGUAUUAAGUGAUGAAUUUAAGUUUUACGAAUAAACUAAUGGUUUUAGGUUUAGUGAUAAAGGUAAUGUUAAAAAAAGCAGUAUAAGACUUGAAAUUUGGUUUAAUUUUGCAGAAAAUAAUGUAAUAAAAGAUGAUGUGUAAAAAUAUUUUGAAGAUAUAUUAAAUGAAUUUUGGAAUAAUCCUACUAUUAUUUGGAGAAAUUUUAAAUGA